AUGGACGAGCUAACGGCAGAUGAGGCAUACAACAGGACGGCUGAGGAUGCGGUUCAUGCCAUUACCCACUCUGAUUCCAUGGUCGCUUCACUUGUCGACUUCUUCCCGAUCUUGAAGUAUGUCCCUUCAUGGAUGCCCGGGGCAGCAUACAACCGAGAUGCGGUAAAGGCAAGGCACGUGAUACGUCAGAUGCUGGACGUACCGUUUGAUUUGCUGCUCAAGAAUAUAACAUUUGGAGUGUACAAGCCUUCGUUCUCCUCAGCGUGGAUUGAAGCAGUAUCUGAUAACGGACAACUUCCGCCACGAGUCGCGUAUAACAUCAAGGGCGCUGCUGCCACUUUAUACGUCGCCGGUGCCGAGACGAGUGCAGUCGUGCUCUUGACCCUCAUUCUGACCAUGACGCUCCACCCUGAAGUCUUGCGGAAAGUACAGGAGGAAAUAGAGGCUGUCGUCGGUGCCGAGAGACUUCCCGAGCUCUACGACAGGAAGCAGUUGCCUUACCUUGAUUGUGUGCUGUUGGAAGUCUACCGCUGGAACCCUCCCAUACCCUUAGGUGCCCCUCACGCUCUAACACAAGACGACAUAUACAAAGGCUACUUCCUUCUGAAGGGGUCGAGUGUGAUUUCUAACAUUUGGGCUAUCUCGCGCGAUCCAUCUAUAUACCCUGAUCCAGAUGCGUUCCGACCUGAGAGAUUUGAGGAAAUGGAUGCCGAGAAAGUCAAGGCGUGCGAUCCAAAAAGGUAUAUCUUCGGGUUCGGCAGGUGGUGA